AUGGACUAUGCGGCAUGCAAUGUGGUGUAUGUGGAUCGCACAGCCCGAGAGGACAAGCUGGUGAAGAGGGACGAUGCGACGUCUCCAGGCUCAACAGAAACACUCCCAAAUCAUGCGCAGGAAUAUGCGCCUGCCCACCGAAGCCCCAGCCCCGUAGACGACAAUCUACGGACACUGCUCGGGACAUUCAGUGAAGUCCAUAUCUGCACAUCCGGCAAGUCCUGCGUAUCGAAACUAUCCGAAUUGAAUCAAGCCUCCAUUGUCGAGUUAAUACCUACCCUCGUCCUCAUAGAUAUCCCAUACGAUGAUCAAUUGCAUGAACAAUCACCGCGGGACGCUCGAACCCCUUCUCCAAGCUCGAAAGGGCAUAUUGAUGGAUUGGUAGACGAACCCGCGGAAGAGGAUGCAUAUGGGCUCAAACUAUUACAGUGGAUAGCCUCGGAGAUUCAAUACCAGAGUCUGUCCCGGCUGGUGGUGCCAGUCGCUGUUGUCACAAUACCAGAACGCAAUACUGUCUCCAUAUCUGGGAGAAGACGCGCGAAUUCACGGCCAGAUGUACAAAUCAGUUAUACCUCGUUCCCGUCAAGUCCGAGGAAGAGCUCUGGGUUGGUCAUUCCACUGGAUCAAAACAGGACAAUGCGAUAUUUAGAUAUUGGCGCAGUCGAUGUUUUAACGAGUCCCCUGCUGCACGAACGGUUACCCAGCCUAGCGAUUCACGCAUAUCGAGCUCACAAGGACGCUUCGAAAGAGCAGAGAGCGUUGCUUGAGAUGAAGAGGGGUAGGAAACGGUCAUGGGUGGGCGUGGACGACCAGAAACCGUAUGCUUAUCUGCGGGAAGCCAUGGUGUCUGGAUUGAUGGAUGGGAUAUGCAAAGUAGGCGGCGAUGAUCAACCGUUCAGUCAUAUAAGGAUAUCCAUAGCGUUGGAUCGCCGGGAGAAGAUUGCAUCCGCAGUUGGUUCGUGGAAUUUCUCGGCACACGACUUUACGGACGACGAGCUUCUGCAUGCUGCACUGCUCAUGUUACAACAUGCGCUUGCGAUGCCAGAACUGGAGAAGUGGCGGAUAUCGACAGAGAAUCUCACCGGAUUUCUAGUAGCUUCCCGGUCGGCGUACAAUGCCUUUGUUCCAUAUCAUAAUUUUCGCCAUGUCGUGGAUGUCUUACAAGCCAUCUUCCACUUCCUUCUCCAACUUGGCAGGUUACCUCCGUACCCGGCUUCCAACAAAACUUUGGAUAUCCCUCUCUCACCCAUAGCUGCUCUCAUCCGACCAUUCGACGCCCUUACCCUUCUAAUUACAGCCAUCGGGCACGAUGUCGGCCACCCUGGUGUCAAUAAUGCCUUCCUUGUCACUCUUAAUGCCCCCCUGGCCCAGUUGUACAACGAUAGAUCUGUUCUAGAAUCCUUCCAUUGCGCUGCAUAUUCGCAAAUUCUCCGACGGCAUUGGCCCGCAGCCUUUCAAGGAGUUGAGAUGAGGCAACUCAUGAUCAGUUCGAUACUUGCAACUGAUAUGGGACUUCACUUCGAUUACAUGAAGAGACUUGGCUUUCUCCAGGAGAAGUUACACGAGAACGGGGGCACUGAUGGUUGGAAUGGCAGGCUGAUCGAGGAGCAAAGGACCCUUGCUUGUUCAUUGCUGAUCAAGUGUGCCGACAUCAGCAACGUGGCUCGAAAAUAUGAAACUGCUGCUCAGUGGACACUGAUUCUGACCGACGAAUUCUCUCGCCAAGCUUCGAUGGAAACAGACUUGGGGAUUCCAUCCGCUCUCUUUGCCCCUCCGGUGCGAGAGAUUAUUGAAUUAGGCAAGUCACAACUUGGUUUCAUGAACAUGUUUGCGAUACCCCUGUUCCAAGGAGUCACGGACGUCAUGCCAGGCAUGGGUUACUGCGUGGAUGAGUUACAACGAAACAAAUCAGCUUGGGAAGAGAGGAUCGCAGUCGAGCAAGCGAGGGCGAGACAGGAUAGCGAUGAUUCAGCAAUGACGGACGGCAUGUUUUCCCCGCGUGCGAUGAGCGUGGCAAAUCCUUCUGAUGCUAGUCACCAGAAGAUAAGUAAUGCCACGUUGUCGCCCGACCACGACCUGAGGAAAGCAUUGCUCAGCAAAAGCCCCUUCCUACACGCUAAUGGCUCUCUCGACGAAUUCGAACCUCACCACCACGCGCUCCCCGAAAUCUCAACUACAUCCGCCCCCCACACCGAGUCACCUAACCCAUCUCCCAGCGAGCUUCUGCCAGAUCCCGGCUCUCGCCGCUCCUCCAACAAACCAAGCCAGCUCCAACUAUCCUUCGCGACAGCAAGUGCCCCAGGCCUACUCGACCACCCAAGCCAAGACCUUCAGCACACGAACGGCGCGAAUGGCAUGUCGAUCAGCCCUUCCCUUGUCGCUGACCCUGUAGUCAUCCACCCCAUCAUGAUCGACCCCCCGACUCCUAACGCAGGCAAGGCAGAAUCAGACAAAGAUAAGCAGCGCAGCAGCGAUGGCACAGAAGGCAGCGUGUCUGCCACUUCAGGCCAAGAUUGGACGAGUCAAGCCACCUCUGCCACCACCGGGAAAAUGCCCCUCUCGCCAUCAACACAGGGAACGAGCAUCAUGUCUUCUGACAGCUUGGAGAAGUCCUCAAACGGCGAGAAUAACCAAACACCGACGAGGAGGAGUCCCUGUUCGCGGAGCGAGGGCGAUAGCCCGGCGAUGACGGACGAUAGUCCGAGCGAUAGGGGGAAAGAGGAUGGGAAAGGGGUGGUCAUGGAGAAGGUCAGGAAUUUGAGGAAGAAGCCGAGUCGGUUCCGUAUGAAUAUGAAGUUUUGGGGGAGGAGCAAGAGCGCGAGCCCACCGGUUCCGGUACAUGGGAGUGGGGGGAGUGAGGAGGAGGGGAGCUUGAGCUUGGGUUGA